AGUGAGAGAGAGAGAAAGGGAGAGACAGAGAGAGAGGUCUGACUGCCUUGCAUAACACACGUUGGAGCAGCUUUGCACGCAGGACUUCAUGUGAUUCUUCAACCAGGGGGACUUCCUCUAUCGCUGGCUCAUCACAGAGCCUUACGGCUGGGUGUACAUGUUCACCCGCUCUCCCGGACGGACCCUACCUGGAGCCUGGAGGAAAACAGGGCUGGCUCUGAAAAAUAGACCUGCACAAAGGAGACGUAGAGAAAGAGGAUUUCCCUAUAGGAAUACGUAGUGUAGAAGCUACACAGGCAAGAGGAAGCCUGACAAUGCUCUGCCAGCUGUGGCUGUGUACAGCCUGAUUUACAGCUGGCGGACGUUGUGGAGGCUGGUGGUUAGUCAGAGAUGAUUCCUCAUGAAGUCCAUGGAGUCGUCCUCUCUGUCGCCUGGCGGGUGUCACUCUGCCCUCUCUAGACUACUGAGUCCAGGACACAGUCACACAGUGAAGACCUGAAAGAGACCUGAUAGAGCCCAUGACAACACUGAGAGAGAGAGAGAUGUUUCCCAUGCCAAUAAAGCCCUUAAAUUGAAUUGAAAUUGAGAGAGAAACAGAGAUAGGGACAAAGAGAGAGAGAGACAGUAGGUUCAAAAAGCCUACUUGAGAGACAAACAAAGAGUGAAAACCAACCAUGAAAUCCAACCAGGAGAGGAGCCAUGGCUGUCUGCCCCCAAAGAAGCGUGAGAUCCUGGCCCUGGAGCAGAGGCCUGUGGUGGUAACAGCAGCAGCUGAGAUCCUGGCUCUGGAGCAGAGGCCUGUGGUGGUAACAGCAGCAGCUGAGAUCCUGGCUCUGGAGCAGAGGCCUGUGGUGGUACCAGCAGCAGCUGAGAUCCUGGCUCUGGAGCAGAGGCCUGUGGUGGUACCAGCAGCAGCUGCAGCCUCAGCAGACACUACCUUACACACAGAGAACCUGGCUUGGCUGGCCAAUGUAGCCAGCGAACGCUGCAGAUCCACAGAAACUCCCAGCCCCAGGUUUCAUGUCUCCUCGUCCUCCUCUUCAUCCCCCUCCCCUUCUGCUCUCCCCCUGUCCUCUCUCUCCACGAUCUACCCCACUGGGGUGGGGCUCAGCCAACAGGGCGGGACAAUCCAGUAUGCCCAGCUGGCCCCUAACCUCCAGUUCAUUAGCUCGGGGCCGUACACUGGCUACAUCUCCUCUCAGAUCAUCCAGUCCACUGCCACCAGUGUAGCCGCCUCCACAGGGCAACAGCGCCACCAUCUGGACGGCCACUGCUACACCACCGCCCUCAUCUCCCAGGCCACCAAGGUUGGGGACCAGCAGAACCAGGUCCAGAUAGGUCUGCCGUCUGACCUGGCUGUGUCCGUUGGAGGGACCCACUUCACCACUACCCACCAGUACAUCCAGCUGGACAGCAGCAGCCCUCUGAGCGUCACCUCCCCUACCCAGGGCCACCUCCAGCCUCUCCAGCUCCACACCCACCCUGGGGUGGGCCUCCUCCCCACCCUCACCCUCGCCCCCUCCCAGGUGCUGGUCCAGUAUACGGAUGGGUUAGGGGUCAACAAAGCUGAGGGCGGACACACCACGGUGGUGCAGCUGAAUGGAGAGCUGGAGAGGAGUUUCGGUAAACAGAGUUGUGCUGGCAUCAAAGGAACCUCCUACUCUAACCAGAACAAUCAGCAGGUUCACCAUGGAUAUGAAGCUCGACACAUCCUCAUUCCCGCAGACUACACUACCCAGGAUUCCACAGGACUACAAACCUCCCUGGUGCUGGUAGCAAACGCCCAGCCCAACCCCCACCCCCACCCUACCAGUGGUGCUGAGCAGGACACGGUCCAGGUCCACCCAUCACUAAUACACAGUGAGGGAGGAGGCAUCUGUCUAAGGAAACCUGUCUCCAGAACCUCCUCUUUCACCUCCCUCAACUCCUCUGAGGCUCUGAAGGUCUCUUCUGCCCCUCACACGGUUAUCCAGACCACCCACCACUCUGACGAGCAUGUACACAGCCUGUACUCCACCACCCAGGCACCAAUCAUCGGCUACAUCGCCAGGGCAGGUAACCAGCAUGGCGUCAGCUACGCCACCCUGCCGCAGCAUCUGGUCAUCGGGGACGGCCUCCUCCAGUCUCUCCUGAUACCCGUUAAUGGAGUUACCACCACUACGGACCUCGAGGCUGCCUGCUCGGUGACCGCCAGGACGGCCAGCACCACCGCCUCUCAGCUGGCCCCAGCGACCGCAUCCCUCCCCCGCCACACCUACCUCACUGCGUCCCUGUCCAAGUGUGAGAUGCUGGGGUCGGACGGCCACCACCAGUCCCCUGCUGUACUCCAGGCCCAAGUACUACCCAUCCAACACAUCCAAAUCCCGUCUAACACACCGGCUAAUGUGGUGGCGUCCCCCUCCCCUGCCCCAGCCCUAGCUCCAGCUCCUGUCCAGGCCACCCCCACUCUCUCCUCUUCCCCCUCCCCUGCCCCAGCCCUAGCUCCAGCCCCUGUCCAGGCCUCCCCCUCUCUCUCCUCCUCUUCAACCACGCUCCCUCCGUUCUUCAUGCGUGGCUCCAUCAUCCAGCUGGCGGAUGGGGAGCUGAAGCGAGUGGAGGACCUGAAGACGGAGGACUUUAUCCAGAGUGCUGAGAUCAGCAGUGAGCUGAAGAUUGACUCCAGCACAGUGGAACGCAUCGACACGGGCCAGACACCCAACGCUGUCAUCAUACAGUUCGGUGUCGGGGAACACAAAGCGCAGGUGUGUGUGGAGGUGCUGUUAGAGUACCCGUUCUUUGUGUUCGGCCAGGGCUGGUCGUCCUGCUGCCCUGGCCGGACCACUCAGCUGUUGGAGCUGAGCUGUGCCAAGCUGUGUGUUGGGGACGUGUGUGUCUCCCUGACCCUCAGGAGCCUGAGGGGUGGCGGUGGCUCUGUGUCUGGGAGGAACCACAACAGCCAGGGUCACGAGGUCAAGCUGAGGCACAGCCACAACACUAGGGACAUCACACAGGGGUCUACCCGCCAGGGGAACAGUCAGGGGAAUAGCCAGAGUAAUGGUCAGAGAGACGGUCAGAGUAUGGACGAGGACUUUAGGAACAGUUUGAAUGCUGCAGGCAGCAACAGUGUCUUCCUGGUGCAAGUGGCCAAAACAGACAGGUUGAAUAAGGAGGACAGGGACGUCCCCCGCUGUGUGGACCAGGUGACAGGAUCUGGACUGAGACCCGGAUCUGGACCAGGGGUCUACGGAACUGGAGUUGGACCUAGGAGCACCUCGGACCUGCAGGCUGUCUCAGGGAAUGGAGAGAUGAUAGGGAGAGACAAUGGAGAGAUGAUAGGGAGAGACAAUGGAGAGAUGAUAGGGAAUGGAGAGAUGAUAGGGAGAGACAAUGGAGAGAUGAUAGGGAGAGACAAUGGAGAGAUGAUAGGGAGAGACAAUGGAGAGAUGAUAGGGAGAGACAAUGGAGAGACGAUAGGGAGAGAUAAUGGAGAGAUGAUAGGGAGAGACAAUGGAGAGAUGAUAGGGAGAGACAAUGGAGAGAUGAUAGGGAGAGACAAUGGAGAGACGAUAGGGAGAGACAAUAGAGAGAUGAUAGGGAGAGACAAUGGAGAGAUGAUAGGGAGAGAGAAUGGAGAGAUGAUAGGGAGAGACAAUGGAGAGAUGAUAGGGAGAGACAAUGGAGAGAUGAUAGGGAGAGACAAUGGAGAGAUGAUAGGGAGAGACAAUGGAGAGAUGAUAGGGAGAGACAAUGGAGAGAUGAUAGGGAGAGACAAUGGAGAGACGACAGGGAGAGACAAUGGAGAGAUGAUAGGGAGAGUCAAUGGAGAGUUGAUAGGGAGAGAUAAUGGAGAGACAAUAGGGAGAGAACAGAAUCGCCCCAUGCUCCCUCCGCCCCUCAAGACAGAAGUGUUUGAGGCAGACAAAGAAAAACCCUGGGGUCGUAAGAGGAGGUGGUCUGCUCCAGAGAGAGAUCAGACAGAGAGGGCGGACGAUGAACCCCCUUUGACUCUGCCAAAACCCUCUUUUAUAACUCAGCAGGUCAAACUCUCCAUCGAGGGAAGGUCAAAUGUUAGUCGUUGAAGGAGCUGGAGUGUUGUACAGGAGGUAGGGAACAUAGUUUUAUAUGUUUGUAACGUUGUAAGUGCUGUUUGGUUUAAUCUAUCUAUCCACAUUAAUGGAAAGGAUUCAUUUACCUGGUAUAUACAUGUUUUAUGAUUCUAUUUCUAUGGAAGGAACAUUGUUGUCUCUGUGUUUGGCCCACUGCCUGGGAGGCCAGUCGCUCUCCAGAACACAGUGAGUGGCCCACUGCCUGGGAGGCCAGUCGCUCUCCAGAACACAGUGAGUGGCCCACUGCCUGGGAGGCCAGUCGCUCUCCAGAACACAGUGAGUGGCCCACUGUCUGGGAGGCCAGUCUCUCUCCAGAACACAGUGAGUGGCCCACUGUCUGGGAGGCCAGUCUCUCUCCAGAACACAGUUAGUGGCCCACUGUCUGGGAGGCCAGUCUCUCUCCAGAACACAGUGAGUGGCCCACUGUCUGGGAGGCCAGUCUCUCUCCAGAACACAGUGAGUGGCCCACUACCUGGGAGGCCAGUCUAUCUCUAGAACACAGUUAGUGGCCCACUGUCUGGGAGGCCAGUCUCUCUCCAGAACACAGUGAGUGGCCCACUACCUGGGAGGCCAGUCUCUCUCCAGAACACAGUUAGUGGCCCACUACCUGGGAGGCCAGUCUCUCUCCAGAACACAGUUAGUGGCCCACUACCUGGGAGGCCAGUCUCUCUCCAGAACACAGUUAGUGGCCCACUGUCUGGGAGGCCAGUCUAUCUCCAGAACACAAUGAGUGGCCCACUGU